GAAUUCGGUAUUUUGUAUGGGAGCCGUAGGGACAGUAUACCUCCUCUUUUAUAAAACAUUGCUUCCUCUUUUAUUCACAUUUAUUUAUUGGAUGACUUUCUCAUAUAAUCAUCUCAUAACUAAAACAGCUAAACGGCCACCAACUUUAUUGCAUUACCUAAAACACCCAUCCCUGAAGAUUUUUAUUAUUUUAAAUUGGUCGUCUUGGAAACACGUUAAAACAAUUAUUCUGUCCGACCAAUCAUAA